AGACGCCCGGCGUCGACGUCGUCGUCGUCAUCCUCGUAGUCAUAUAAUGUCACUUAUACUCUAGCUGCAUUACUUCGACUCGCGUGUAUGGCGCAGUUACUCUCAACCCAUCAGUGAACUAUUCAGUAUUGUCGAGGAUGUCCGCGUGAUUAAGUCGCACAUUACUCCUCUCUUAUUAUUCUAUCUUCUGGAUUUUACUUUCCAACCGUGUGUCAAAACUUGAAGAUUUACUUCAACUUUAACAACCCGCUAAACAUUGUACCAGGAUUUAAAGUGACAAAUGAAAUUUUAAAUUUGACCCGUGUAUGACCGGAGAAAUUCGAUAUGAGUAUCGUAGAAAAAAUAAUCACCGAGAAAAGAUGACAUCACGCAGACAUGUCCUCGCGGGCAUCCGCAGGACAAUUAUUGUCGCCGGUGUCCUUGCACUUAUCAUCCUUGCACUCUCCAGUCAAGAUGGUUCGAGCAAUAGCCUUCAGCAGUCGUCGCCAGAAAAAGAAACGGCUCAAUCGGCAGAAGAAAAAUUACUCGAGAUGAGUACAAUGGCUGAGACUGAACAACGACUAAUUGAAAGACGUAAAUUACUGACAAAAAGGUGCAGCGAAAGUGGCUUAGACCGCCCAGGAAAUGACUCUAUUCACAAACCUAAUGCAUGGGAAUUUUUCGUAAACCGUGACUAUCAUCUUAUUUGGUGUAACAUAUUCAAAGCUGCAUCUACAUCCUGGAUUUAUAAUUUCAACCGGCUUGCAGGCUACAGUCCACAAUUUUUGAAAGCAUCUAAAGCGGUACCAGUAUCUUUAGCAAGGCAAAGAUAUCCGAGGCCGACAGCCGAAGAAUUAUCACGAUAUUUAAAUGAUAGCGUGAGCUUCCUUAUAGUCAGACAUCCUUUUGAACGUCUUCUUAGCGCUUAUAGAGAUAAACUCGAACAAAGUUUGCCUAAUACGCUUCACAGUAAAUUAGGCGUACGAAUCAUAAAUCAAUACCGUUAUAAGGACUUGAAACAUCGCACGAGACGCGGUCCUCGUUACCCACUCUUUGAAGAGUUUGUGAGAUGGUUACUGUGUGAAUGGCAAGCUGGUAAUGAACUGGAUAUGCAUUGGACACCGAUAUUAAAUUUCUGUACACCUUGUCAAGUUCGAUUUGACAUUAUCGCUAAAUUUGAAACGCUUCAAGAUGACCAGAAUUAUAUUAUUAAACACGUGCAUUUAGAGCAUAUGAUAAAACCAGAAUGGAAAAAUCCAGCGCGAGGCGCUCAAACAAAAGACGUUAUGAAAAAAUACUUUGUGCAAUUAUCCAAAAGUCAAAUAGCUGAUCUUUAUGAAAUGUUUAGAUAUGAUUUUGAACUCUUCGAUUACUCUCCAAAAGAAUAUCUAGCCAUUGGAAAAGAUAUAACUAUUCCUUCAGAUUGUAAAAAAUAAUAAACUUAAUUUAUUAUUAUUAUUAAAAUAAUUUUAAAAAAUUGUUGAUGAAUCGAUGUUAAUUAUUGUAAAUAAUUAUAAAACAUCGUUAUCAUUAUCAUAAACCAAAGUUAGUGAAUAUAAAACAAGAAACAUAUUUAAAAUGACAAUUUUAGCACAAUUGCAAGUUAUUAAUGUUUAUCAUUUAAUUUACAUCUUAAAUGCUUUUUCCAUAUUUUAUAAUACUGACAGUUGAAUAUUACUGUUAAUUGUAUUUAAUUACUUUACUCUAUCGUUAAUUUAUAUACCUAUUUAAUUCACUUGUUACCAAUUAAUUGUUAAUAUAAGUAAAAUUACCCAGCUUCCAUUCACUAUUACAGUGAAAUCAGCUAUAAUUGCAUACUACAAUAAAUUUAUUAGAGUUAUUAAUUUGAAAUGGCCUAAUAAUAG